CCUUCCAAGACCAGUCUCCUUUUUGCUCUCCAUCCCACUCCAUCUUCAUCACUUUCAUUCCAAACACAUUGAAGCUAGUCUUCUUUUUCCGUUCUUGAUACCAAGCCUUUCAUUCGUUCCUUCGAACCACAUUCCUUACCAACCUUUCCCACCUCACAAAAAACAACCUCUCAGUCAAUCUCAUAACUCAGACAAAAUGAAGGCCAACGUUAUCGCCGCUACCAUCCUUGCCGCCUUCUCGGCUGGCGCUUUCGCUCAGGACCAGGAGGCCGAGUUCCCCACUGGCUUCCCUACCGACCUCCCCUCCGGCUUCCCUACCCAGGUCCCCGGCGCCGCUAAGCCUUCCGGCGGCUUCGGCGGUGGCUUCCCCGGCUUCCCCUCCGGUGGCUUCCCCACUGGCUUCGGCGGUGCCCGCCCUACCCAGGUUCCCGGCGCUGCCCAGCCCUCCGGUGGCUUCGGCGGCAACUUCCCCGGCUUCGGUGGCCACUCCGGCUUCCUGACCCGCACCCGCGGCUCCUCCGAGGAGGCUGCUGGCUUCGGCGCCCAGGCUGCUGAGACCCCCUUCCCCACCGGCACCCAGUCCGGCGGCGCUCGCCCUACCGGCAAGGGUAAGGGCAAGGGUAAGGGCAAGAACCACGGCACCGGUGCUCUCCCCUCCGGUGUUCGCCCUACCCAGGUCCCCGGUGCUGCUCAGCCCUCCGGCGGCUUCGGCGGCAACUUCCCCGGCUUCGGUGGCGAUGCUCCCUCCGGCGCUCCCUCCGCUGAGCCCACCUCCGCUUAA